UUCUGAAAAAGCAAAGCGGAAGUUAGACAUUGUUUACAAGCAACCUGGUUCCGCUCCGACUGUAAAUCAGCCUUUUGUAACUUUUAAACGUCUUUUUACCCCCAACCUUUUUGCACUUACACGAAGUCACAUUAUUAAAAUGUGUUCUUGCGUAGAUCUGCUAACUGACAGCGCGACUCCGUUAGAAAAAGCUACUGUCGUUAGCCAACACAUGGCUAGCUCAACAGACGUGCAGCUGCAUGACUGAUUCAUUUAAACAGGUGGACGUUUGUCUCAUGACAUUUGUCGUCGGAUCUGAAUCUGAAGUUGAAGAGAGCAGUAGGCCAGUAUUCUCGUUUUCGUGUUUAGGUUUGCUGUUGUAAAGUGUAGCUGGCAGCUGUUUGUACUUUAGCUAAAGUUUGUCACACUCAUGUCAUGCGCCUCGGUCGCGUCCUCUUGAGUCUGCGAUUGACGUGUGCACAGAGUUUUGUUGUCAGUAAACAUCUUAUAUCUACUAGUCACUGUGUAAAACUAGGCGAACCUAGGAAACCUGCACCCCGGUUCGGACUUAAGGCUGUAACUCAGUCCAAUCUGCAGUUAAUGGUGGGCAACAUGCAGGCCACCAAUGCUGCCGCAGUUGAGGAUGAGGAGUAUGGUGGCCGUGAGGAAGAUGUGGUUCGGCAGGAGGACGGGACACAUUUUAAGAAUGAAGUGAUAUCUCCAGACCAGGUGGAGGUCCAGAAUGGGACAUCUGAUACCGGAGCUUCCUCUGCUAUUGCAAGAUCAAACGAGAAGAAGACAAAGAGGAAGAUGAGGAGAGAGAAGAAGAAGCGGAUGAAGAAAAAACUACUGUUGUCUGAUAAUGUGGACAAUUUACUGUUGGAGCUGCCAUUCGCUUUGACCAGCCCCACCACAUGGAAGGAGUUAGGAUUCCCCAAUCCUGAGUCAACCCAGAAAAAGAGGAAGCGAGGUGACAGUGGGGGUCGAGUAGACAGUGAGGAAGAUGGAGACAAGAAGAAGAAAAAGAGGGAAAGCCUGCGGCCAAACUACUUUGUCUCCAUCCCUAUCACUAACACAGAGAUAAGCACUGGUGUGUCUGAGGUUCAAGAGUCGGUGCUUGAGCAGGAGCCCCGACUGGCCAAAGCCAUGAUCCCCAUCCCAACUCUCCACAUCACUCUGCUGGUCACUCAUUUGGCCAGUCAGGAACAAAUAGACCUGGCGGCGACCGUGUUGGCUCAGUUCGAGGCGCCACUGGCUGAGCUGCUGGGGGGGCGGGACCUGGUGCUGCCCUUCUCAGGGAUCAGUCACUUUAGGAAGGAGGUGGUGUUUGUUGGGCUGGCCCCCGGACAACACAGACUCACUCUGGACAGCCUGGCAGAUUUGUUGCGGAAACAAUUCGAGGAGCGGGGUCUUGUGCAGGGAGACAGUCGCGGGUUUGAACCCCACCUGACCAUUAUGAAGCUGUCCAGAGCGUCGAAACUGAGAUCCCAGGGGAUAAAGCGCGUGGACCCAGCUCUCUACUCCAGCUAUACAAACAAGUUUUUUGGAGACCAGACAGUAGAGCGGGUGGAUCUUUGUUCCAUGUUGAAGAAGAAGCAGCCAGACGGAUAUUACCACACUGAGACUUCACUGCUACUGGAUUUGGUUCAGAGUCCACUUCAUGCCAAACGCUCAAGUGGGCGUCGCCGGUCCGAGCCUGACGAGGCGGAGCUGCUGAGGGUCAGCAGGCGAUUGGUGGAGGACGCAGUCAAUCGCGCCUUGCAGCAGUACAAGCAGGAAACGCUUCAGAACGGGGGCGGGCCCAACGCCACGGCGGCGCAGCCCCCCGGGACCAAUGGGGAGCCCACCACAAAGACGGACGCUACGGCGAACUCCACCGCCGACGGCAGGAAGUGACCUCGUGCGCCUGAGCUGAAGAGACCGGACUGCCGGGAGAACGGCGAGUCCCUGAGCCCGGGGCCCACAGCCUGAACCAGCCUAGCGGUUAGCCUAGCGGGCUGACUAGCUAACCCAGCCCAGGCUAGUCAUGCUAGCUGCCUGCCCAACCUGCCUAGCUUGACACAGUGCUAGUAUAGAUAAUGUAGCUUAAGGUCACUGCUACUGUAGGUGACUGUCCCAACAGGCUAGCUAAGCUAGGCUAAGCUAAGCUAAGCCUGACACCAACUCCCUACAUCCCACUGUGGGGACGCCUCCCCCUCAGUCCUUACUCAGUUGUGAGUCUGUGUUUGCAUGUCAAACCCAGAAAUCCUACUGUAUGUGAAGCACUCCUCUAGAGCCACACAGUCACAGUGUUGUUCACUGUGACUGGACAGAACUGCAUAUCCCAGACUCCCUCCUCAAAACACUAGACUGUGUCAGAAAACCUUUUACUUUAAACUCUGACCGUAGUUUCUUUUUGAAUGCCAGUCUUAAAACAAUGACUCGUCACUUCAUUGCAAAGGGGAUGAAAGACAGAUGCUUUGACUGGUGAAGUUUGUGACAGCUUGGACUCCCAAACAUCUCCAGGUGUGAGAUGCAGCACAUCGGACUUUGUUUCGUUGUAUUCUGCGUUCAUCGGCUUUGGAUCUUCAACACUUCCAGCAUUAAUUUUCAGUUUUAACCAGGAUGUCUUUCUGCACUUUAAGCUGCAGUUCUGUUGUUUAUAUGAUGAAGCUAAAUAUUAUAUAGCAUCUUCUGUUGUAUUGAGACAAUCAUCACGCUUGCGUCAUUUUAACACUGAACCCAUUGAUUAAACAGAAAUGAGGUGGCACCAGCUUUUUAAACACGACUUGGGGAGUUCAGACACUACAGAUGUCUGGUCAUUUAAAACAAGCAAACACUAACUCAAAAAUAUGGUAGAAAGGAAUAUGUCAGGUGCACGGACACUAAAUUGGGGAAUCUCCAGUAUAAUAACCACAUUUAUGUUGCACUCACUCCACUAGUCUUAUUUAACUCCAUUCAUUUUGUCUCUAAUAGAGACUAUUUCGUUUUCGAGUGCAGCCAUUUGUUCCAAUAAUCCAGCUCCCUCCUUGAUCACAUACAUUUUUACAGACUACAUGGUUUAUUAUUUGUCGUCUCCAUCCAUUCAUUAAUUAUGGGGAUCAACAGAUGAGGAGCGUACUGUAAGGGCCACGCAGGUAAUCAGAUGGUUGAACCGGACAGCCGCAGCUGUCGGCUGAAAACCUUCCCUGCUCUUAAUUUCACUGUCCUCCAUUCAUAGCUUUUGUUGAUUGAAAAUUAAAAUUGGCCUUUGAUGUGGGGAGGAGAAAAUUGGAAAUCCAUUCACAAAUAUGAAUGUAAUGAACUACAGAUGGAUUCAGUUUCUUUAAACGUCCUUAAAGAUGAAGUUUUCAGCUGACAGCUGACGAUGAUGAUGAUGAUGAAGGUACACCCUUGAUAGGACAUUUGUUUACGUUGACAUUAGUUGGGUUGAGUGACUCUUUUAGCUACUUUUAUUGAUUUGCUCUUGAGUAGAAUAGGCGACUUCUCUGUUAAAAAACAAAAAGAAGAAAUAUUUUAUUUUGAAAUGAUCAGUUUGCAUUUAAAGGUGAAAAUAAGCACAACGUUAUGAUUUUCCUGUUUUUAUCCAGAUUUCAGAGCAGGUACCUACAGUGCAAACAUGCUGUUAGUUCGAAUGACCUCUGUUCAAAGUGGCCUUCAGUCACAAAUACAAAUAGAUUUUCUUUUACUGUGUUUAAGGCAACCAUGCACAAGUGAUGUUUUAGUGAAUGACGGAUAAUUAUGGUUGAUUUUGUAAAAUUUGCCAAAGUCUUUUUAGUUUAGUCUAAUUACAGUUUAAUUGUAAUAUUCCAUCUCCUGUCACUGUGGACUUAUUGGAACAUCAAUAACAAAGAUGAAUUCUGUCCUAAAGUGGACUUGGAACAUUUUCUUUUCGUUUUUUUGUUGUCACCGGAUCCUUAAUCUCUUUAAAAUCCCCUUUAAUACACACGUUGUCCUGUCGGCCUGUAUGGUUAGUGUUUCUGUGUGCGUGGGUGUGUGUGUUUGUGCACGUUCACACAGUCACUGAGUGUUUGAUCAGUGGUUCCCCAGGGAAAUUCUCUAUUCUGUCUCUAUCAGUCAUGAUAACGUGUGUGUGUGUGUGUGUGUGUGUGUGUGUGUGUGUGUGUGUGUGUGUGUGUGUGUGUGUGUGUGUCUCUCUCUCUCUCUCUCUCUCUCUCUCUCUCUUCUGUUUGUCUUUGCAUUUAUCUGCGUGCAUACCUGACUGUGCGGGUGUGUUGUGUGUCAUGUGCUGUGUAUCUUGUUUUGCCAUAUUCGAACAAUAAAACAGGAUAUGAGAUUCCAAACCAAUAUCCUAUGUUGUCGCCUGAUUUCAGCCUGGCUGUACCUGGUCCUCAGUGGUUCACUGUUGUGUACAUACAGUAUGUAGAGGUUAUUCUGACCAAUUCAAGCGUACUGUAGCAAACACACUAAAGCAUUUGAUUGUAGUUUAGCUUGGAAACAUCGAAAGGCUUGUUUGGUGAUAUAUUUUGAAAAUGUUGGAACCAGAAUUUUACACAGUUCAAUAACUGUUUUAGUCAUGAUAGUUUUUAUCUUCUAAAUUUGUUAGUCAAUGCACUGAUGUGAGCAACUUCGUAAUUUUGUAUUAAAAUCAAUAUAAAGAAUA